AUGGCUACGACCGCGGCCAAGGCGGCCCCUAUUCCGCCGAACCAGACGCUAUAUGUGACGAAUCUGCCUUCAGCAAAGAUUCAGAAAGACGACCUCAAGACAGCUUUGUACAUGCUAUUCUCGACAUAUGGCCCGGUCCUGGAUGUGGUUGCCCUCAAGACGAUGAAGAUGCGCGGCCAGGCACACAUUGUGUACCGGGAUCUGCAAGCUGCCACCCAGGCUAUGCGCUCGUUGGAGGGCGUCGAAUUCCUGGGCAAGGAGCUCAGGAUACAAUACGCCAAGUCAAAGUCCGACACGAUUGCCAAGCUCGAUGGCACGUACAAGAUGCCCGGCACAGCUGCGGCGGCUGUGGACAUGACGGCGACACAACAGAGCAUUUUCAAUGCCCCCGUGCCAGGCUCUGCUGCUGCGAACACUUCCGUGCCAGCUGCAGCUGCCCCGUCAGCGGCGCAGCCAUCACAAGCCACCGGACAAAAGCGGCCACGCGACGAGGAGGAAGACGAUGAGGACGGCAGUGACUCGGACGUUGCAAUGGAGGAGGACAGUGAUGACGAGUGA